CAUUCGCCAGCUUAUCAAAACACCUCCAUAAUUUCUUGAUUUUCUCAACCACCGUACCCUUCGCCUUUCCCGUUUGAGUGGCCCAACUGAACAUGGAUCUUCUCUUCCUCGAGAAGACCCUUCUCGGUCUCUUCUUGGCCAUCGUUGUAGCCACGGUUGUGUCUAAGCUGCGAGGAAAGAAAUUCAAGCUCCCUCCCGGGCCCAUUCCGGUUCCGAUAUUCGGGAACUGGCUCCAAGUCGGGGAUGACUUGAACCACCGCAAUCUCAGUGACUACGCCAAGAAAUUCGGCGACAUUUUGUUGCUGCGGAUGGGGCAGCGCAACCUCGUUGUCGUAUCGUCGCCGGACCUCGCGAAGGAAGUGCUCCACACGCAGGGAGUGGAGUUUGGGUCCCGUACCCGGAACGUCGUGUUCGACAUUUUCACCGGGAAGGGGCAGGACAUGGUGUUCACGGUGUACGGUGAGCACUGGCGGAAGAUGCGCCGGAUCAUGACGGUGCCCUUUUUCACCAACAAGGUAGUGCAGCAGUACCGCCAGGGGUGGGAGGCGGAGGUCGCAGCUGUGGUGGCGGAUGUGAAGAAGAAUCCAGAGUCGGCGACCAAUGGGAUUGUGCUGAGGAGGAGGUUGCAGCUGAUGAUGUACAAUAAUAUGUACAGAAUCAUGUUUGAUAGAAGGUUUGAGAGUGAGGAUGAUCCCUUGUUUGUUAAGCUCAAGGCCUUGAAUGGGGAGAGGAGCAGAUUGGCGCAGAGCUUUGAGUACAACUAUGGUGAUUUCAUACCCAUUUUGAGGCCUUUCUUGAAAGGGUAUCUCAAGAUGUGCAAGGAGGUUAAGGAUAUGAGAUUACAGCUGUUCAAGGACUAUUUCGUUGAUGAGAGAAAAAAGCUCGCAAGCACAAAAGCAUUGGACAAUGAUGGCCUGAAAUGUGCCAUUGAUCACAUUCUUGAAGCCCAGCAGAAGGGAGAGAUCAAUGAGGACAAUGCCCUUUACAUUGUCGAGAACAUCAACGUUGCUGCAAUUGAAACAACACUUUGGUCAAUCGAGUGGGGUAUUGCUGAACUAGUGAACCAUCCGGAGAUCCAGAAGAAGCUUCGAGAUGAGAUCGACACUGUGCUUGGCCCAGGAGUGCCCGUGACUGAACCCGACACCCAUAAGCUCCCAUACCUUCAGGCAGUGAUCAAGGAGACACUCCGCCUCAGAAUGGCGAUUCCCCUCCUGGUGCCCCACAUGAACCUCCACGACGCCAAGCUAGGGGGCUACGACAUUCCAGCAGAGAGCAAGAUCUUGGUCAAUGCUUGGUGGUUGGCCAACAACCCUGCCCACUGGAAGAACCCCGAUGAGUUCAGGCCCGAGAGGUUCUUGGAGGAGGAGUCCAAGGUUGAGGCCAACGGCAACGACUUCCGGUAUCUGCCAUUCGGUGUUGGCAGGAGGAGCUGCCCCGGAAUCAUUCUUGCGUUGCCUAUUCUUGGAAUCACUCUGGGAGGGCUGGUGCAGAACUUUGAGUUGCUGCCUCCUCCAGGGCAGUCGAAGCUCGACACGACCGAGAAGGGCGGGCAGUUCAGUCUGCACAUUUUGAAGCACUCCACCAUUGUGAUGAAGCCCAGAUCCUUCUGAAAUUCCAUAUAUUAGCCACAAAGUAAUGGGUGAUUCAAAUGUAUUUGCGUAUGUGAUUGGGUCUUAGGAUUUUAUCUUUCGCUGUAUAUCUAUUGCUCAUGAAGAAUGUAUAUCUAUUGCUCAUGAAGAAUGAAAAUUGGAGCGGGUUGUUCGAACUAUAAAAACAAGAGAUUCAGUCCUCCUGUCAUUA